AUGAAAUCAUUAUUUUUUAAUAAACUAAAAAAUGUUGGUAAGAAAAUAAAAAUUAACUUUAUCCAAAUCUUGAUAAUAUUUCUUGUAUAUGUAAAUUUAGAUUUUUUCAAGAGCAACAUAAAUGUUAAGGCAAUACAUACGAAGAAGAAUUUAUUUAUACCUGUAAGUAACGAAAUAUUUUAUUUUAAAAAAAAUGUGUUAAUAAAAAAAAGGAAUAAGGAAAAAAGGUAUACACAUUCUAAAAACAAAGGAUCGAAUAUAUUCUUAAAUUUGAAUGAAGAAAAUGAUAAUACAGUAAAAGAAAGGAAAAAAAAAAUUAAGUAUCCAGAAAUAGGAGAAUAUAAUGAUGACGUAAACCAUAAUAAAAAUAAUGAUAAUAAUGGUGAUGAUUCAGAAAGUCAUUUAAAUGAUCAAGGGAAAUGUAAAUUUUCCGAUUUGUCUGAAAUAAAUAAAAAUAUUGUCGAAUUUUUAGAAAACAAAAAAGGUAUUAAAUAUAUGACUAAAAUACAAUCACAAAGUUUUAAACCUAUAUAUGAAGGUAAGGAUAUUAUUGGACGUUCAGAAACUGGUUCAGGGAAAACCUUAGCAUUUGCUUUACCCUUGGUUGAAAAAUUGUAUAAAAUGAAAACAUCCAAUGAAAAAUUUGAAGAAGAAAAUGGUUCACAUGAAGAAGAUCAAAAGAAAAAUAUAUAUGACGAUGUUGAUAAUGAUAAUAAUUAUGAUAAUUUUUCAUAUGGUAAAAAAUAUCAAAAUCGAGAACAUAAUAAAGAUCCAUCCAUAUUAGUAUUGGAACCUACUCGCGAAUUGUCUAAACAAGUUGAAAAUACCUUUAAAGAAAUUAGCCAAUUUUAUAAUUUUAAUAUUAUGUCUAUUUAUGGAGGUGAAAGUUAUACGUAUCAAGAAAAUAAAUUGAGAAAAGGUAUUGAUAUAUUAACAGGUACUCCUGGACGUAUUAUUGAUCAUAUUGAAAAAAAGAAUUUAUCCUUACAAAAUAUUAAAUAUGUUGUUUUAGAUGAAGCUGAUGAAAUGCUGAAUUUAGGUUUUACCCAUGAUAUAGAACGAAUAUUAAGCAAUAUAAAUUUAAAAGAGGCACAAGUUUUGUUGUAUUCUGCUACGACACCAUCAUGGAUAAAAGAUAUCUCAUCAAAAUAUUUGAAGAAUCCAUUUUGUAUAGAUGUAGUAGAUUCAUCUAAUAAGACUGCAAAAAAUAUAAAACACAUUGCUAUUAAAACACCAUAUGAUAUAAAGGAAAAGGCUUUGUUAUUAGAAGAUAUAAUAUUAGUUAAAUCUAAUGGUGGACAAGUUAUUAUUUUUACACGUACUAAAUUAGAAGCAGAUAUUCUAUGUUCUGAAGGGUCCUUUAAAUCAUUAUCAUUUGCUGUCUUACAUGGUAAUAUAGCUCAAUCUACUAGAGAAUAUACCAUGCAAAGAUUUAGACAAGGGAUGUUUCAAAUAUUGAUAGCAACCGAUAUUGCUUCAAGAGGAUUAGAUAUUAGUAAUGUUGAUUUAGUUAUUCAAUGUUUUCCUCCUAAUUAUUCAGCUGUAUAUAUACAUAGGGCAGGUAGGACGGGAAGAGCUAAUAAAAAGGGAACAUCUCUAGUAUUAUAUUCAAAUGAAGAUAAACAAGAUUUAAUAAAAAUUGAGAAAAAUUGUGGUAUUAAAUUUAAUAUGGAAACAUUACCAAAUAACGAACAAGUAUUUCAUUGUGCUUCAGCUAUUGCAUCUAAAAAAGUUGAGAAUGUCAAUAAAGAAAUUUUACCAUUUUUUCAUGAUACAGCUAAAGAAUUAAUCAAUAAAUCGAAUUCUUUAAAAAUUGAUCAAAUAGAAUUAAUAUCUAGAUGUCUAGCCAUUAUUGCAAAAAAAGAACAUAUAAAAAAAAGAUCACUUAUUAAUGGAUUGUCAGAAACGGUUACCUUAAACUUUAUAAAUAAAAAUAGAAAAUGGAGUAGUGAAGCUGAUAUUGUAUAUUGGGUUAAUAAAUUAUCAAACGAAUUAAAUGUAAACACUUUUAAUAAAAUACUCCAAAUUAAAAUAGAUAAUAAAGAUAGAGCUUCCUCAUUUUUUGAUAUUAAUGAAAACUUAGCAGAAUUAUUUUUACAAAAUUUUAAAACCAUGUCUAAAAUCGAAUAUAGAAAAAUGUUUGAUUUAUCCGUUGCUCAAACUAUACCUGAACAUGUAGAUUUAACAAUCGAUUACCAACCACAUACUAGUAGAUAUCAAUAUAGAAAAAAAAAUUAUUCAUAUAGAAGACGACCUUCUUAUUAUUAA